AUGCACAUGGAUCACCAUUCGCGACUGGCCCUCUCCACCUGGAGACGACUAAGCUCUCUGGUCAACGACGAUCGCAGUCGUGUUCUCGUGAAUGGUGAAUCCAUGUCCAUCGCCGAUGUCGUCGCCAUAUCUCGUCAUGGACACAAAGCUAGGAUCGAUGAUUCUCCCGCAGCGGUCGCCAAGGUCAAUGACAGUGUUGAUUGUCUGAGGCGACUUCUGGACCAAGGCCACGUCUUUUACGGCGUGGGCACUGGUUUUGGAGGCAGCGCAAAUACUCGCUCCGUGGACACCGGUGCCCUUCAGGUUGCCCUUAUGCAGAUGCAGCAGUGCGGAGUCUUGUCAGACCAUCAGUGUGGUGCAAAGUCUUCCCAAGGUCAUGACCUGAACACUACAUCCAUGCCCGAAGCUUGGGUCCGAGCUGCCAUGGCAGUAAGAUGCAACUCUCUGGUACGAGGACAUUCGGCAGUGAGGUUCCAGAUCAUCGAGAUGCUGGAGCGUCUGCUCAAUGAAGACUAUAUUCCCUUGGUCCCCUUGAGAGGCAGCAUAUCUGCCUCGGGAGACCUCAGCCCCCUCUCCUACAUUGCCGGCGUGUUGGAGGGCAACCCUAAGCUGUUUCUUUGGACCGGAAGCAGCGCCUCUAGAACCCUCAUCAACGCCAGCCAAGCUCUGAAACACCUCCAGCUUGAGCCCGUUGUCUUCGGCCCCAAGGAAGCACUGGGACUGGUCAACGGGACGGCGGUAUCUGCUGCGGUGGCGACCUUGGCUUUGAACCAGGUUCACCAACUUACCGUUCUAUCGCAAAUCCUCACAGCAAUGGCCGUGGAGGCUCUCCGCGGCACCACUGAAAGCUUCCAUCCUUUCCUGGCCGCAGUCCGUCCACACCUUGGUCAGAUUGAAGCGGCACGAAAUAUCCUGGGCUUUCUCCGCGGCUCACGCCUAGCCACACCACAUACGUCUUCGACCAGUGUGGAGAAUCCGGAUGGCCUAUAUCAAGAUCGCUACCCGUUGCGCACCUCAACGCAGUGGAUUGGCCCUCUCCUCGAAGACUUGGUGCUUGCCGAUAGGCAUAUUACCACGGAACUCAACUCGACAACGGACAACCCCGUAAUAGAUGUCCAGAAGUCCAGGGUGUUUCACGGUGGAAAUUUCCAAGCGUCCACGGUGACAUCGGCCAUGGAUAAGGCCCGAUCUGCGCUGCAGAUGAUGGGAAAGAUGCUCUUUUCUCAGUGUACAGAGAUGAUGAACCCGAGUAUGAGCAACGGGCUCCCCCCAAAUCUGGUCUUUGACGAACCCAGUGCUUCCUAUGCGUUCAAAGGCAUCGAUAUUGCAAUGGCUGCCUAUACCUCAGAGUUGGGCUUUUUAGCUCAGUCUGUUGCACCGCAUGUUCAAAGCGCCGAAAUGGCAAAUCAAGCCAUCAACUCUCUGGCCCUCCUCUCAGCGCGCUAUACCCAUACGGCCAUCGACACCUUUUCAAUGCUGACGGCUUCCUACAUCUACUCCCUUUGCCAAGCUCUCGACCUGCGGGUCAUCCAGGUUCAGUUUGAAGACAGACUGAAGGCGCUCCUGCCAGGGCUUCUGGAGGAUUUGUUUGCUGCGAUUUUGCCCGACGUUUCCCUCUCUGAGUUGAAGUUGUUGACAUGUAGACACAUCGUUGACCAGUUCAAGAAGACAACCAGUGAGGAUUCGACUGUUCGCUUCCGCAAUAUUGCGGCAUCAACUCAAGCUGUCUUUAUGACGUUUCUCUCCAAGUCGCAUCAUUUAUCUGUCGAGCUGCUACUGCAAGGCUUCUCGACAAUUCCUCUCUGGGCAGCCCGCGCGGAGGCCCUGAUGCAGAACCAAUUUGACGAGAUUCGUCACUCUGCUUUGACUAUCUGCGAUACCCCCGCGUAUCUUUGCGAUGCCUCCAAGAAGAUAUACGAGCAUGUCCGGGUAAAGAUGGGGAUUCCUUUCAACCGCGGACUUUCAGACCACCCUUCACUUGCGAAGGCGAGACAUACCAAGGAGCAGCGCGACAUAGAAAGCACUCCUUCCGGCGAUGGGUACCUUAUAGGGGACUGUGUGAGCCGGAUAUACGACUCCAUUCGGUCCGGGGAUCUUGUGGAUACGGCGAUGCAAUGUCUGGCGGACGUGGUGACUUGGGAUGACGCGUCGAACAACAACGGCAGCGCGACGAAUGGAACUCGCCACUUGCACAAUGGUGUUGAUAAUUCUGUUAAUUAG